UUCAGCUUGACACCCAUCUCCAUCCCUCCCACCUACCAUGGACGUUGGGGGGCAAGUGUACGUUGGCUCUUCCUUGCGUGUAACUGUAGUGGCACGCGUGUUUGGAAUCCUAGCUAUAAUUCUCAUGCUUGUCUGGCUCUUGCAUUAUCGUGAGGGCCUGGAAUAUGAUUCUGAGGAUCCAUAUCGAGUUUUCAACGUUCACCCGUUUCUGAUGUUACUUGGUCUCGUCAUUUCUGCUGGCGAAGCGAUGAUGACAUACAGGUCAGUGGCAGCGACCCAUAAUGUUCAGAAGUUUGUUCACAUGUUCCUUAACCUGCUUGCUAUAUGUCUGGGAAUUGCCGGGAUAUGCGCUGUUUUCAAGUUCCAUGAUAUGGCCGGAAACUUGGAGGAUGUGUAUAGCUUGCAUUCAUGGAUUGGCAUAGCCACCAUUUCCUUGUAUUGCUUGCAGUGGCUCAUUGGUUUCGUUACAUUCAUGUUUCCAAAAGCUUCACGUCCCACAAGGUCUAGAAUUGGUCGGUGGCAUGCAAUGGGGGGCAGGGCACUUCUGUACAUGGCAAUUUGCGCGGCUCUGACGGGGUUGAUGGAGAAAGCUACUUUCCUCAAACUCCAGCAUCAGCAUGAAUCGCGUUUGGUCAACUUUACUGGACUCUCAAUCCUACUCUUUGGCGUCUUUGUUGAGUUUUCUUUGACUUUCGCCGCUUAUCGUGUUAAUAUUUAAUCAGUGAUUUCUCUCUCUCUCUCUCUCUCUC